GCAGAAGCAGCCUACAACCGCAAUGCUCCUGGAAAUGACGCGGCACAACUUUUGAGACGUUCACCCUGCUAGCUUUUGCAACAGCUCUCAUCCCAGUCUUGUCAAGUGCGGAGUUGAGAUGGCGUGGAUCCUCAGGUGGACGAUUCUUUUGACUCAUCAGCUGUGCGUCCUUGCGCAGUCAAGCUUUUCGGGUGUGUGGCAUUUGGUGGAUGUGUACUCCGUGGUGUGCCCCGGAUUUCCAGGCUACACCAUCGUCAACAUGUCUCAGCCUGCAGACAAGCUGCACAGCCCUCACAUCUUCACAAUUUUCCGAACAACCAACGAAGCCGUGAAAAUAGCCUUCACGGCUACAGACUCCAACGGCAAGGAGGUAGCUUCUGAAAGCGCAGAUCUGAAAAAGGUCGCUCGCCGACUUGCGCUUGAGAUGAAAGGGCGCCAACUCAGUGCGCGACGACGCGGUGGAGGCGGCAGCUAUAGCUCUCCCCGCCGGCGCGCCCCAACAAGCUACAGUUCCCCACGUCGCCGUGCCCCCAGCCCUGCUCCCAGCCCCAGCUACAGCUCUCCCCGCCGUCGUGCGCCAGCGCCAGCUUCAGGCACUACGACGGCACGGCGUCGCGGCUACACAGAGCCUCCCAGCCAACGUCGGCGCACCGCAGGGUAUGACAACAAGUACUACACCAACCCGUCCAAUCCUGCAGCAGGCAACUACGGCUACACCAGUGCGAGCACUGCUUCCAGUAACUUUGGAGGAAGGCCGCCCACCAGCACUCCGUACGGGUACACAGGCGCCAACGCGUACUCGGGCUCCAGCGGCAGUGCUGGGAAGAUUGCCCUGGCAGCAGGAGGGGGCCUUUUGGCCGGGUAUGCGGCGUCCCAGCUCUUCAGCCAUACCUGGACAGGAUAUAAUCGAGAGCAGCUGUUGGGCCUCCCCUGCACCUCUGGGUCCUGGACGGGCACUUGCGAUGCCUGUGUGAAACUGCAUGGCGAAAAGAACUGCGCCGCCCAAAUCUCGCCCAAGAUCGAUGCCACCCGCGAUGAUCUGCUGAACACUGGCUUCAUCCCUGCUGACUUUACUUGGCCGAUCCAUGUCAAGAUCACGGAGGUUUCCGGAACAGACUUUGGCCCACAGAUAUGCCCACCUACCACACCAGGAACGGAAUGGAAUCCACCAUCAAUGAAGCAGUUAUUUCUCACCCUGACGACGCUUGAGGAGCUAUCAGCAUCAGCUCCUGCACAGCCCACCGCAAGCCCUGGCAUGAGCUGGUGGCCGAUCUUGAGUGCUAUUCUCGUGCUUGUGUGCUGCUGCUGCUGCCUCGCGGCGGCUUGGUCCUUCAAAUCCAAGCAGCAAGACUACGGCACCUCCUCCGAGUCGGACUAUUCUUCGGAGUCGGAUCACGGAGCUUAUGGAGCCUCAUACGGCUAUGGUCAGCCUGGGGGAUAUGGAGCCCAGGUGCAGCCACAACCGCAGGGCUACAACCCCUACUGGCAAGGCGGGCCAGCACAAGGUGGAGCAAUGCAAGGCGGCGUUGUUCAAGGCGGCGUUGUUCAAGGGAGUGUCGUUGGAGGAGGUAUGGUGGCGGGUGCGGGUAUGGCGGGUGCAUAUGGCAUGGCUGGCAGCCCCCACGGUGCAGCUAUGGCACCCUAUGGCAUGGGCAGCCCAAGCCAAAGAGGCGGCGGCUUUAUGACGACCGCUGCCCCCAACGGCGCGAGCUGGGCUGACUACUGCCGACCGCACGGUGUUGCCAUGAACGGCGGCAUGGUUGCCGGGCCCUGGGGCGAGUGCUUGGCUUGGGCGGUGGCCUAUGAGCACCAGCACCCUGGAUGGGAGCACGAUCCCAGGUUCCAAGAAGGACCUGCUGCCCAAGUCAUCCAGGCCAUGACAGAGAGGGCAUCAGAUUCACAGAUUCCAGAGGUCCUCCAAGCAUGUGAGACGCUUGAAGAAGCCUGCCGCCAAGCAAUCCAACGUGGACAGCCACUGCCUAUCAUUAAUCAGCGGAUCUGAGCUGUUGCUGGUUGUUUGUGCAUGAGCCAUGCACUUUGUGAAGAUCCUUGCGCAGCCGCGCUGUUCUCAGAUUUGUCCAGAUGUACAGGGCUGGCAUUGGAUGGGUUUGGACAGAGACUUUUGCCACGUGGAUCUUGAACCGCGAAAGCUUGUUAUUUGUGGCAUUUGUGGCGUGGCAGGCGGCACGCCACAGCCAAUGGAUUCAAUGGACGCAGAAAAAUGGACGCA